GAGAGCUGAUACUAGGCUGAAACUUGUGUCUUCCACACUUACAAGAAUGUCUCUGUAGAAUGGCUCUCUCUAACAGGAUGUUAUAUCUUCCCCCGCCCUUGUGAACUAGAUGAACAAGCUGCAAAGAAAAAACUUGCUUUUCCUUUUCUCCCACUCCCUUCCCUGCUAAUAAAAGACAAGCUCUAACUGAAGUUUUUCAGAACGCCCGGUGAGCAGCUUGUAGAAGCGGUUUGCUGUGUCUUCUCCUAUUGCAAAAGCUUGGUUGAAAACUGAUAAAAAUAGUCUUUUACAACCACCUGAACUCAAAAGGACCGGUUCUAGAUAAGGACCUAACUUUGCUCUGCUUAGCAGUGCUUACAUUCAGGGCUUGGUCUGAUCUUUUCCAGUGCUAGAACAAAGUUUGUUUGUUCCUAAAAGGUUUAAGACACACCCAGCAGAUGGAGUUACCUCUUCGACCUACGCUGUUCGACUUCAAUGGAGUCUCCAUGACCAAAUACUUCACUGACAACUGGGUUAACAUACAGAGUUUCAAAGGAAGGCCAGAUGAUAUUGUGUUGGUGAGCUAUCCAAAAGCAGGGAACACAUGGGUCUCCUACAUCCUGGACCUUUUGUACUUCAGUCAAACAUCACCUGACAGACAGAACUCAGUGCCACUUCAUAAAAGAGUGCCAUUUCUGGAGAUCAGCAUACCAGGGUUUCCCUCUGGAGUGGAUGAACUGAAUUCAAUAAACAGCUUUCCACGCAUUAUCAAGACACACCUACCAGUCCAGUUUCUUCCCCAGUCCUUUUGGGAACAAAAUUCCAAGAUCAUCUAUGUAGCCCGCAAUGCAAAGGACACAGUUGUAUCUUAUUUUCAUUUUGACCGCAUGAAUAAGGCCCAGCCAGAGCCUGGAGACUGGAACAGUUUUCUGCAGAGAUUUGUGGAUGGAAAAAUGGUCUUUGGUUCCUGGAAUGACCAUGUGGGAGGCUGGUGGGAGAAGACAAAGACCAGAUCUAACAUCCUGUACUUGUUCUAUGAGGAUCUCAUUGAGGAUACUGAACGAGAAGUCAGCCGGAUCUGCUCCUUUCUGGAACUGUCACCCAGCACGGACCUAAAGAAAGAAGUAACAGAAAAAUCUCUCUUCAACAACAUGAAACACAACAAGAUGGCCAACGGCUCAGCUGAUGAAGUCUUGGAUUUCAAGAUCUCACCUUUCAUGCGCAAAGGAAAGGUUGGUGACUGGAAGAAUCAUUUCACUGUUAACCAGAAUGAGCAGUUUGAUGAAGACUAUCAAAGGAAGAUGAGAAAUAUUGAUCUAAGCUUUCGAACAGUUCUGUAACCGCCCAGUAACAGUAUUACCACUGAGCACAAAUAAAAACAAUCAUAAGA